UUAUGUUGGGGAUUAUAAACACCACAAGAACAGUCCCUCCUUUAUUCCUGUUUCACUUCAGUUUCACUUCACCAUCGGUGAACCUCGACUCCGCAGUUUCCUCACCACCACCUCCCCUGAGCUCAGCUCCUCUGGUCCGCAGGCGCUCCGGCUCCAGAAACUCACAGGAACGACAGCUCCUCAGAUACCGGUCACUGUGUGUUUCAUCUUCUCCUCAUCCUCCUGUGCAGCCUCAGGACCCAGCUCUGACGCUCUGCAGAACCCUCUUGACUCUGCGGCAGUCCUGUCGAACCUGGGACCCUCAGGAAAGAUGAGGACACUGAUUGUGCUGGGACUCCUGGCCGCUGUGUGGAGAGGACUGGGCACUGAAGGUUUCUCUGUGCAGGGUCCCAGGGAGCCUCUAGUGGCCAGGCCUGGGGAUGAGGUGCUGCUGCCCUGCUCUGUGGACAGCACUGUCCCCCUGCAGGAGCUGGAGGUGGAGUGGCUGAGGACAGAUCCAGACACCCUGGUGCUCCUGUUCUCCGAGGGGGAGAGUAGGCCAGAGUCCCAGCACCAGAGCUACCGGGGCCGAGCGGAGAUCUUCCCUCAGGAGAUUCCCAGAGGAAACUUCUCUCUGAGGCUGGCCAACGUCACGUCCGAAGACGCAGGAGUGUACAGGUGUGCCGUCCACACGGCGCAGGGCUCCGGUGAGACCAGAGUGGAGCUGAAGGAGCUGGGUGAGCUGGGAACACGGAUAUCGUCCUCUCUGGGAAACAGGAAGUCGAGUUAUUCUGGAGAACACAGAGAUACAGAAGUGAAACUGCGCUCUAUGAUAAACAUCACCCUGAACUGGCCACAGAGAAAGGGCAGUGGACUUUAUUUCCACAGCUCUGUAGCUAACUACCCUCCAAACUCUACUCCCACCAGCCCCCUUAGAAGCCCUGUAUAUAGAAUGUGGGAUUAACCAAUAAUCAAACUCAUUGAGUAAUGAUCACCCAGUGUAUCUAUUUACAGUGACAAAAAACCUAUUGUUAUAACAGACCUCUGAAAGACUGGCGUACCACAAGGAUCAGUAUUAGGACCACCAAGCUUCCUCUGCGAUAACAGGGAUCCAUAUAGAUUCUGUUAC